GUGAAGAAAAACUCUUCUCCAACUAACAACUUGCCAGCCACCCUCGCCAGUCUGAGUAGACAAAAAUGGUGGCAACCACUCACCGGAGGUGGCUUCUUCUCCCCGUUCGCCGUCUUCCUAGCAGACAACCCAUGAAAACGCCCGUCUGCAUCCCGAUCCCCACACGAAACCGCGCCCGCCUCCCGCGCUGCCACCUUUCCCGUUCGAGUGACCCCACCCCCACCUCUGAGGCACAGGCUACCGACUCCCUGCGCGUUGCCUUCGCGUGCGGCGGCGCGGGGGGGCACGUCUAUGCCGCGUUCGCGCUCGCCGAAGAGGUCCAGGCCUCGCUCCCUGGCUCCCGCUCCCUCUUCCUCGGCGCCCCCGCCCCGUCCCUCGAGUCCGCCACCGCCGCGUCUUCCUCAUACCCAUUCGCCCCCGUCCCUCCUUGCCUCCCCCGCGCGCUCCUCGCCGCGGCGCUGCACCUCUACCACUUCCGCCCCCACGUCCUCGUCGCCACCGGCGGUCCCCCCGCCCUGCCCAGCUGCCUCGCCGCGCUGCUCCUGGGACUCCCUUUCGUGAUCCAGGACCAGGACGCCGGCCCCGCCCCUGCCACCCGCCUCCUGGCCCCCCUCUCUCGCCGUGUCUUUCUCGCGUUCAACGCGCCCGUCCGCCUCCUCCCGAAGCGCAAGUGCGCCGUCUACGGGAACCCCGUCCGCAUGUCCAUCCGCAACCGCAGGAUGUCCAAGGCCGCCGCCAUGGCGCGUUUCUUCCCCAGGGCAGGGCUGGUGGAGGCGGAGGGGAUGGAGGUCGUGCUUGUGCUCGCCGGGACGGUGGGAUCGCCGCAGAUCAAUGUGGCAGUACUUAACAUGUAUUACGAGAUGCUGUCGAGAAGGAAAAAUAGGUACAUUAUAUGGCAGACGGGACCAGAGGAUUUCUGCGAGAUGGAGAGCCUCGUCAGGGCGCAUCGCCGGCUGUUUCUGACACCAUUCUUGCAUGAAAUGGACAUGACAUAUGCUGCUACUGAUGUUGUCGUUUCUCGAGCUGGUUCUGUGGCUUGCACUGAGAUAUUGGUCACUGGGAAACCGGCAAUUCUGAUACCCUUACCGACAAUUGUGGAUGACCAUCAAACGAAAAACGCGUAUAUCAUGGCAGAUGUCAUGGGAGCAAGGGUCAUAACAGAAGAUGAACUUGAUUCUAGUAGCCUAACAUGCAUAAUUGAUGAAAUUGUUGGUGAUGAGAAAUUGAUGGCAGAGAUGUCUCAGAAGGCACUAAAUGCUGCUCGACCAAAUGCUUCGGCUGAUAUUAUUCAUCACAUCUGUUCACUGAUUGGCCGAACUAACCUGACAUAAAUCUUGUUUUGCACAUUACACGAACUCUUGUUUGCAGUAAUCCAUGCGCUAGUAUUAGUUGCUGGGAUGCUGUGCAGCAGAACGGCAUCUCAUUCUUGAAGUCGAGACUGAAGAUAUAAUUAAUCUACUCCGUAUUUUGGUUCACUUGAACGACAAAGCAUCCAGGUAGGGAAUGGUGCCUCCAGGAGUCCAGGUACUGCUUACUUGGGCUGUCACGUUCAGUAAGUAAUAAAAAGAUUCUAGUGCUACUAACUGUUAAAGAAGACCUCCUAACUGAGACCUGAGAGUAUGCAAAUUUACUCUAGUGUGGCAGAAUUGCUGAAUCUAAAACUAACUUAAGACUUCAGAGCAUUGUACUCUGCAUCUGCCUUUUUACAAAGGCUUAUCUCCCA